GUGGAGCGGGGCGGGGCGCGGGGCCGCAGCCAUGGCCGACAGGAAGGCCAACGGAGGCGGCGGCGGCGGCCCCCCUGCGGCCUCCUCCACCAACUUGCUUUUCUCCUCGUCGGCCACCGAGCUCACUUUCAACGUGCCCUUCAUUCCGGUCAGCCAGGCUCCCGCCGCCCCCGCCGCGCUGCUCCUGCCUGGAGAGGAUUCCACAGACGUCGGCGAGGAGGACAGCUUUCUCGGCCAGACUUCGGCUAACACCACCUCCCCACAGACGUUCAAUUACUUCUCUCAGGCACCAAGCAAUAGCGAUCCGUUCGGCAACAUCGGACAGUUGCCGCUGACUACCACCGCGGCGCCUGUCGGAGCAGCGGCGUUCUCCAAGCCUCCACCUCCUCUGCCUCUUACACCUGGAUCUCAGGAUGGGUCGGCAGCUGCGUUUGCGAAUGUUUCGCCCCUUUCCAAGUCUCAGCCGGCCUACAGCACCCCACCCGCUUCUCAGUUGGGAAUCAAUACGUAUUCUUCUUCGCAGCAAGGGUCCCUCCCGCCCCCACACUUCGCAAGCCCCCAAGGAGCACCCCAACAAGGCUAUAACCCCUAUCGCCACACCCCCAUAAGCAGCAGAGCCAACCCUUACAUCACUCCACCCCAACUGCAGCAGUGCCAGAGUCCAAGCCACCCUGGCCACCAUCUGACCUCCGAAAUGCCACCUCAGGGGUACCAGACUCCUCCAGGAUCAUUACCUCUGAUUCCUCCUUCAGCACAAUCAGUAUUGCCAUCACCAGCUCAACAGCAGUUACUCGCCAGACCUUCAACUCCUUUAAUACAGGCCUCACCUCUUCUGUUGCACAGCCACUAUGAGCCAGUUCAGCCCCACUGGUUUUAUUGUAAAGAAGUGGAAAACAAACAGUUGUGGAUGCCGUUCAGUGUAUUCGAUUCUUUAAAUCUAGAAGAGGUGUAUAAUUCUGUCCAGCCAGAUCCAGAGAGUGUGGUGUUAAGUACUGAUGGAGGACGUUAUGAUGUUUACCUGUAUGACAGAAUGAGGAAAGCUGUGUACUGGGAAGAAGAGCAAUCUGAAGUACGGCGUUGCACGUGGUUUUACAAGGGGGACACGGAUAGCAGAUUUAUUCCUUAUACAGAGGAGUUCAGUGAAAAGCUAGAGGCUGAGUAUAAAAAAGCUGUAACAACAAAUCAGUGGCACCGCAGACUUGAAUUUCCAAAUGGAGAAACAAUCGUCAUGCAUAAUCCUAAGGUUAUAGUACAGUUCCAGCCCUCCGCGAUGCCAGAUGAAUGGGGAACCACACAGGAUGGACAGACAAGACCUAGAGUGGUAAAACGUGGAAUUGAUGAUGAUCAUGAUGAAAUUCCUGCUGGUGAGAUGCCCCAGGUGGAUCAUCUGGUGUUUAUGGUACAUGGCAUUGGUCCCGUGUGUGACUUAAGGUUUAGAAGCAUUAUCGAGUGUGUUGACGAUUUUAGAUCUGUGUCCUUAAAACUGCUGCAGACGCAUUUCAAGAAAUCUUUAGAGGACCAUAAAAUAAGCAGAGUGGAGUUCCUGCCGGUCCACUGGCACAGUUCUUUACAUGGAGAUGCCACGGACGUCGAUAGAAAUAUAAAAAAAAUCACUCUACCGAGUAUUGGUCGGCUGCGGCACUUUACCAAUGAAACUUUGCUAGACAUAUUGUUUUACAAUAGUCCCACCUACUGUCAGACAAUUGUGGAUAAAGUAGAACUGGAAAUAAACCGCCUGCAUUCACUCUUUAUGAGACGGAAUCCAGAUUUUAAAGGAGGAGUCUCGGUUGCUGGACAUAGUUUGGGGUCUUUAAUACUGUUUGACAUCCUGUCCAAUCAAAAGGACUUGAAUUCAGCAAAAUCUUCCAUGCCUGCCACUACUGCUAAUGGAGUUAUGAAGCAUACGGCUUCUGAAAAGCAGGUGGCAGAUGAUCUAAAGGCCCCAACUGCCUCGUUUAUGUCAUCAGAAGAGCCCUGUGACUUAAGUAUUGAUAAUGGAAUCUCCACUUUGCAAGAAACUCUGGAAAUGCUCAGUCUCUCCGAAUAUAUCAGCACUUUUGAAAAAGAAAAAAUUGACAUGGAAUCCCUGCUUAUGUGUACGGUUGAUGACCUGAAGGAAAUGGGGAUACCUCUUGGACCAAGAAAGAAAAUUGCUAACUUUGUGAAAGACAAAGCCACCGAACUGGAACAGAGAAAAGGAGCAGCAGAAAAUAAAGCAAGGAUUGUUGCCUUGACAAAAGGUCAAGAAGAAUCUGCUGAGAGAGCAAAAGACACUGCUCCUCUUGCUUCAGAAUCUGAUCAGACAAAGAGAAAACUUCCAGUUGGUGCUUCUGUUACCUCAAUGCAUGUUGAUUAUGACUUUUUUGAAGUUGGAACAGGCCAGGUGUCUGUGGUUUACAGCUCCCUCGACUUUGAACCAGAGAUCUUCUUUGCCUUGGGAUCCCCUGUUGGGGUAUUUCUCACUGUGCGAGGAGUGGAUAGGAUAGAUGAGAACUACAGACUCCCAACUUGCAAAGGCUUCUUUAACAUUUACCAUCCGCUCGACCCAGUGGCGUAUAGAUUAGAACCUAUGAUUAUUCCAGAUUUGGACUUAAAACCAGUUCUCAUUCCACAUCACAAAGGCAGAAAAAGACUUCAUCUAGAGUUAAAAGAGAGUCUCUCUCGUAUGGGAUCCGAUUUGAAACAGGGUUUUAUCAGCUCUCUGAAAAGUGCUUGGCAGACCCUGAAUGAAUUUGCACGGGCUCAUACUUCUUCAGCUCAGCUUCAAGAAGAAUUAGAGAAGGUAGCCAAUCAAAUAAAAGAAGAAGAAGAAAAGCACGUCGUGGAAGAUGAAAAGAUGGGUGACAGUCCAGAAUUUUCCAAGGACGAGGACUACUUAGGAAAGGUUGGAAUGUUAAAUGGAGGUCGCCGCAUUGAUUAUGUUCUUCAAGAAAAGCCAAUAGAAAGUUUUAAUGAAUAUCUCUUCGCUCUUCAGAGUCACUUAUGCUAUUGGGAGUCUGAAGAUACAGCCCUGCUGAUUCUUAAAGAAAUUUAUCGCACAAUGAAUGUCAGCCCAGAGCAGCCCCAGCAUUGAUGUAGUUACAACUUCCAAUGAUUUUAUGUUGGGAAAAUUGAAGAACCUCCAAAACUUACUCAGCGAUGAAUGGAAGAGAAUAGCUUCAUCGGCAACUUUUCGAUACAGCAUUUUAGUUACCGGCUUUCCUUUAAAAAAUAAUCUGUAAUGUUGGUGGGACUCUCUGGAAAAUGAAAUUGAGAAAAUGAAAUUUUAGAAAUUUCGAUUUAAUUUUCUCCAAUCAGUUCGGUUGUUCAGUGGACAAAUUGAAAUGAUCAGUGAAGAAAUAUUUUCAGUUUUAGACUGUUAUAUCCAUAUCUAACACGACUGCCAGCUGUUAAACUUGCAUUUUAUCAAGGGAGUACAUUCUUUCUUUAAGGUAUAAGGACAUCUAGAGAAACUGAAGAAACUUUUUUUUUUUAAAUUCAUUGUUCCAAUUUAAAAUGUGAAUUCUAGUGUUGAGCUGCUUUAAUGCAGUCAUUUGUAUUUGUUAAAAAUAACCAAAAUCAUUUAUAUACUAUUCUAAGAAGACUGAUAUUUUAUAAAUCUUUUUGAGCUUCUGCUGGUACGUAGCACCAUUUCUGAUGAAGACAGAACACUUUUUCUAUAUGGAAACCUUGCAAAGAGCUCUGAGAAAGAGCCCGCCGCUAACCGUGCAAAUGAAUGGAACACUGAUGAAGUGGAGAAAAAAAAAUUUCCAUUAAUAAAUUGCCAUUGCUAUAGUCAGGACUGACUCAAAGAAGCCCUGGCUUGGAAUUAGCAUUAGGUAACCAGGGUAUUGGAUGUGUGAAAUGUUAUCGCUUAUACGAUCUAAAUGAAAAGGUGGCUCCCUGAUAUUUCUUUUGGCUAUAAACUCUGAUUUCAAAUGACCUAAAUAUUUUCUUCAUAGAAAACUUCAGUGCUGACUCUUUUCUGUUAUGCAGUAGAGGCAUUUUAUAUUGUUUACAGAGUGAGUUCUCAUGGAACAUGGUGAAUUAUUUUGAAAUGGAUGUGUGAUACACAUUUUCUGUGUAUGUAUAUGCUGAGUAGCAUGAAUAAAACAUACUGUAACAGCAGUGCAGUUUUACAGCACA